AUGGCAUCUUCCUCUUUGACGACUCCAGUUAUGAAAGAAGACGGAGAGUGUAAAAGCUGGGCGGAUCUUCCGUCUGAAUUGACGUCAUCUAUCCUGAGCAGGCUCUGCGCUGUUGACAUAUUGGAAAACGCUCAGAAAGUGUGUACAUCAUGGCGUCGCGUCUGCAAAGACCCUGCCACGUGGCGUAAUAUAGACAUGGGUAGCAUAGGAGACGUGCGGUUCAACCCCGAGAUCAUGUGCCGUCACGCAGUGGAUCGUAGCCAAGGAGGUUUGGUUGAGAUUAACAUUUGGUAUUUCGGUACUGAUUCUCUCCUCAACUACGUCGCCGACAGGUCAAGUAACCUUAGAAGUCUUAAACUUGCAUUAGUCCCUCCCAUAACAGCUGAGGGACUUACAGAAGCACUUGUGAAGCUUCCAUUGCUUGAAGAACUCGAUGUCUCGUACUGCGCAGUAGAGUCUCUUAAAGUUGUAGGGCAGUCUCUUCCUAACCUGAAGACACUGAAGCUAUACUUUGGACUCGGGCCUCCUGGGUACGUGAAUGAUGAUGAUGCUCUAGCCAUCGCUGAAACAAUGCAUGGACUUCGCUUCCUCCAGCUUCUUUUUGGAAACAUGUUAUCAGACAUUGGUCUAAACGCCAUCCUUGAUAAUUGUCCAAACCUGGAACAUCUUGACUUACGUCUGUGUCUCAACGUUAACUUUGUCGGAGAUCUGGAGAAGCGGUGUUCGGAGAGGAUCAAAGUUGUGAGACGUCCUGAUGACUCGACUCAUGAUUAUCCAUAUGAUGUAUUCUUUUAUGAUGCCAAUUCAUUUGAUGACUAUUACCCUGAAGUUGAUUACCCUGAAGAUGAUGACCCUUAUUACCCUGAAGACCAUUACUUCCCAGCUACCUUCGACCACUAUGGCGACGAUCAGUAUGAUAUUGAUAUAUUCGGUUUCAUUCAAAUCUAA